GCGCCCUGCCCCGCAGUCCCGCGCCCCAGUUCGGCCUCCGCCUGGGCCCGGGGUGGCCUCUGCUCCCGCGGUCCCCGGCGCCGCCUGCGAAAAGGACACAAAUGGAGAAGUUCUGUGGGUGUGGUGUUAUCCUUCCACGACAGCUACUUUAAGGAAUUUACUGCUGAGAAAAUGCUGCCUUACAGAUGAAAACAAACUUCUCCAUCCCUUCGUCUUUGGUCAGUACAGAAGAACAUGGUUUUAUAUCACAACAGUUGAAGUUCCAGAUUCUUCAGUUUUGAUAAAGGUGACUCAUUUUUCUAUUGUUCUGACCGCCAAAGAUUUUAAUCCAGAGAAAUAUGCCGCCUUCACUAGGAUAUUGUGUAGAAUGUACCUGAAACAUGGGAGCCCAGUUAAAAUGAUGGAGAGUUAUAUUGCAGUACUCACAAAGGGGAUAUGCCAGAGUGAAGAAAAUGGCUCUUUCCUUAGCAAGGAUUUUGAUGCCCGAAAGGCUUAUCUUGCAGGCUCCAUCAAAGACAUUGUAUCUCAGUUUGGAAUGGAAACCGUUAUCUUACACACAGCACUGAUGCUAAAGAAAAGAAUUGUCGUCUAUCACCCCAAAAUAGAAGCUGUCCAGGAGUUCACCAGGACUCUGCCUGCCCUGGUGUGGCAUCGACAGGACUGGACCAUACUUCAUUCCUAUGUGCACCUCAGUGCCGAGGAGCUGGAAGCCCUGCGGAUGUGCCCAGGUUACAUCGCUGGGUUUGUGGACUUGGAGGUGAGCAACAGGUCAGACCUCUAUGACGUGUUUGUGAAUCUGGCAGAUCGUGAGAUUACCAUUGCCCCACUUGCGAAAGAGGCCAUGACAAUGGGCAAACUGCACAAAGAAAUUGGUCAGCUGAUUGUUCAAUCGGCAGAAGAUCCGGAGAAGUCAGACGGCCAAGUCAUACAGGAUAUUUCUCUAAAAACUAGAGAAAUCUUCACCCACCUGGAACCAUUUUCAGAAGUUUCUGGUGAUGGAGAAAAGCUAGUUCUCAAUUUUGAGGCACUAAAGCAAAGACGAUUUCCACCAGCAACAGAAAACUUCCUUUACCAUCUAGCAGCAGCUGAGCAAAUGCUGAAAAUCUGACUGUGUGACAGCAUAUCCCUGAUGAAUGAUAGAAAGUUCUCUCACCAUGGUUAUCCACUGUGUAAAAUACUGAAAAUAGCACAGAAAAUGUUCUAUUUUUAAUGAUUUAUGUGAAAGUGUUGAGAUUUGACCUGAAAAAGCCGUAAAACACGUAUGAAAACAUUUCCGAUGUCCUCCUGGUCAGAUUCAUGCCUGCGGUCAGGGUCAGACCAAGUGCUGUAACUACCACCUAUGACGUGAGCAACGACGUGGUGUCCCGGCGUAAGAGAAAAAAAAGCUCUGCCAAGUUUUAGUGCAAAUCACAGCAAACCCGAAAGCCUUCAUUAUUAUCAGUUCCACUUGUCCCAUUGCGUAGCCACAAACGAAUGGCUUACUUUCAGAAAGCUGCCUGAAAUUUUGCUUUGUAUUCUUCUAGGAAGAACUUUUAUUCCUCAUGAGGAACUCUACUUUCUGAGCCAAACUACUAAGUUUUCUGCAGAACUGUCCAGAAGAUCAUUCAAAAAAGAUCCUGCAGUUGCACUUUCUUGUAAAAGAAAAGAAUUCUUUUUCUUGGCCUUUAAACAUUUUUGCCUAUAUUAUGAGGAUUUUGCAUAGAUUUUAUACUUGAGUAGACAACUUUAAUAAUCCAUAUUUAUAUUGUCACAGAAGUAAGCACUUGGCAAACUUAAGCCAUUAGUACUCUUUAAUUAACCCUGUUGCUAGCAAUAUUCUUUUGAAAAAGAUGCCAGUCCUUAUAUGAUAGAGCAAAAAUAAGCCCAUUUUGGAUAUAAAUGUCGGUAUGAAGAAAAUAGCAACUUUACAUAAUUACAAAGGCUAAGACCGGAGAGUGUCUUCAUACUUCAGUGAAAGUAAUUUGGCCACACUGGAAAGUAUUCUUGUUCAGCUUAUGUACCUUUUUCAUAAUUGGAGGCCUAAAAGUUGCAAAAUAAGCAUAGAGGUCUAAAUUAUGUAUUUGUUAUUAUAUGUACUCAUAUUAAUUAUGAAAAAUUAUUUUACACUCACUACUGUUGUCCUUAGAAAUCUUACCCAGGAAAACAGUUGCAAAAAAAUCUUGUCUUUAUUAGAUCUUUCAUUUAUUCUUUGUGUUAGACAUUUGUUAAGUAAAAAUAAAAAAAUAGCCUUUUCCCCUCCCUCCUUGGGUGGGGACAGGGAAGAUCUGGAAUGAGAUGAUGUUUACUAAGGCAAACAAUUGAAAAUUAAAUCUGCACUUUAUGAAAACGAA